GCAUUCAUUCUAAAACAUCUGAUAAAGCAAUACAAUCGCAAUACAUUUUGUUUUAUUUCGUCGACUACUGGUUCAUAUACUUAAGGACUAUUAGACUUUAUUUCCAACCGGCAACGAUGGCUUCUAAUUCUGUUUGGAAACGUUUAACUUUACUGACGAUUAAUAGUUUACAAAUUUUAAAAUUCUCGAACGUAUCAGCAUCUAUUAGUAAACCUUUAACCGUUAAUAAUAAACUCCUGUCAGAUUUAGCAACCGACUCUACGCCUAAUCUUAUAAAAAAUUUCUCAUCUUCAGCGAGUAUACAAUUAGUUGAAUAUAAGGAUAUCAAAGAAUUACCUAAACAUCCUGAAAAAUUAUUAAUCGAUGUUCGAGAACCAAAUGAAUUACGUGAAACAGGACAAAUACCGACUAGCAUUAAUAUACCGUUAGGCGUAGUCGCGCAGGAAUUACAUCCGGAUGGCGACGAUAGUAUGUUUAAAACUAAGUAUGGCCGCGAUAAACCAAAAAUCGAUACUGAAUUAAUUUUCCAUUGCAAAGUUGGUCGACGUUCUCAUAACGCUGCCGAAAUAGCUCAACAACUAGGUUAUCGAAAUGUGAAGAACUAUUUGGGCUCAUGGACGGAAUGGGCGGAAAAAGAAUCUGUUAAAUAAACUCAUCAAGUCAAUUGACGGUUUAUGUAAAACGUUUCAUUUUGAAUACACAAAGAUUUUAUUUACAAACGGAUCUUUACUAAAAUUUAAGUAAAAAAAAAAUAUAUAGAUAUAUAGAGAAAACGAAAUAAGAGUCUUCUCGCA